UUCGGUGCAUGCCCACGCUCUUAUCGCUCAUCUGCUGUGUGAACCAUGAAGCAGACUGGCACUAGUGUGAACUGCAGGCCAUGUUAAAAGGUGAGAAUGUGGAUCCCUGAAGGCAUCAGAGGAGUUGAGCUGCACAGAGACUUUGGUAAAAGUCAGAAAUCCACAAGGCAGCAGCAGCGCGAGCAGGUGUGGAUGAAGCCACAGCUUCCUGUUCUCAACAGCUCUUACUUUGCAGAACAUCUGCGGUGCGGUGCGACAGAAUUAGACGCCCACUCUAACAGCCUGAGGGGCCCCGCUGUAAAUCACAGCACCGUCUCACACGAAGGCGUCUCCUCGGAGCAAUUGCCCGUUGAUAUUAAGUGUCUGAUCGGGGCGAAGGAACGACCUGCGGGACGGCGGCCAGACUGCGACGCGUGAUGAGUUACGGGCUCAACGUGUUUUUAUGUCAUGUUAUUCCCCGAGCAAACAGUGUAAGUGCCUAUUAAAAGCCCAAUGCAUCCGUUAAUACGCAGUGCAAACGGACUGCCUGCUGCAUCCCAUAAUGCUGCAGCAGCUGUGCUGUACUGUUGUCAUGUCACGCACCGCACGUGCAGCGCGACCUGUCACGCACUUCCUCCAACGCGGGGCAGCGUCAACACGGACGAACUUUACUCUGGACGUUUAUUGUGCCACCUUUGAAACUUCGAGAUAAUAUUUAAGCCGGAACUUUGCUUCACUGCGCGCUGGAAUCGAUGGAGUUGUGACCGGGACGGGUGCCGCGCGGAGCGCAUCACGCACGCCGGACAAACAGCCAUGGUUUCCAUCGCCAAGAUCGUCCUCGGAGUCGCAGGAGUCGCAGUGGUCGUCAUCCUGAUAGCGGUGCCCACGGCCAUAUUUUUGAAAGAGGAGCAGGCAGAAAACAAGGGGAGGUCUUUCACCCUGGAGGAUGUUUUCAACAGUUCGCUGAAACCCAAGUCCUACGGCAUGAUGUGGAUCUCAGAUCACGAGUACCUGCACAGGUCUGACGGCGCCGUCUACCUCCACGACGCGGCCACUGCUUCGUCCGCGGAGUUCCUGAGCAAAGACCUAUUUGCACAAACGGACGCCUACGACUACCAGCUGUCUGCCGACCACAAGUAUGUUGCGUUCAUGAGCAACUAUUCCAAGUUGUGGAGACAUUCAUUUACUGCUUCAUAUUCACUUUAUAACCUGGAAACAAAGAAUUUCAUCUCACCCGCUGAUGUUCCCCACGAAGUGCAGUACUUCUCCUGGGCUCCUGAAGGGAACAAACUGGCCUUUGUCUGGGAAAACAAUGUGUACGUGAAGAGCAGCCCUGAUUCCCCACGACAGCAAAUCACCUUUACCGGCCAGAACAACCUGAUUCUGAAUGGGAUAGCAGACUGGGUGUAUGAAGAGGAGAUGUUCUCCAGCACUCAGGCCCUGUGGUGGUCCCCUGGAGGGAAGUAUUUGGCUUAUGCUGAGUUCAAUGACACCGAAGUCCACACCAUAGAGUACUCUUGGUACGGGGAGGGCCAGUACCCCACUACUGUUUCCAUUCCAUACCCAAAGCCUGGUACUCCCAACCCGGUUGUGAGGCUUUUUGUUGUGGACACCGACAACUCAACAAGCGUGUCUGAGGUUCUCGUCCCAGAUUCAUUCAGCUACAGUGAGCACUACCUGGCCAGCGUUACCUGGGCGACAGAUGCUCGUCUUGCCGUGCAGUGGCUGAACAGGACGCAAAACCACCUCCUGCUUCAGAUCUACAGCUUUAGUGGAUCCAGGUGGGAUCCUGAGGAGAAACUGGAAGUGAUGAGCACCAGCGGUUGGAUCGGACGGUUCUCCCCACCAGAACCUGUGUUUACUCCAGACGGGACCAGCUACUACCUGCUGAUGAGCGACAGCAGCGGAUACAAGCAGGUCCACCAGGUGGUCGGGGGCUCCGCUAAAGCGAUCACCUCUGGAGAAUUUGAGGGCAUUGACAUUCUGAAAGUCACUGCGGAUAGCGUAUAUUAUUCAAGUAACUUUAAUGGCAAAAGGCCAGGAGGAAGAAGUCUAUACAGAUGGAGCGAACAAAGUCACACUUGUCUGAGUUGUGAGAUGAAUACAAGCAACUGUCAAUAUGAGUCCGCUUACUUCAGCAAAAAUGCCUCCUUCUUCCGCUGGAGCUGUCAUGGUCCGGGCAUUCCAUUCCAUUCUCUAAUGGAUAAUAGGAAUAAAAAAGUGAUGGAAAUAAGACAUUUGGAGAACAAUAAUAAGUUUGAGAGCUUGAUAUCCGACAUCCAGAUGCCCACGAUGCUACGCAGCUCCAUUCCACUUUAUGGAUACAAUCUCUGGUACCAGAUGUUUUUGCCUCCAGGCUUUGACAAAUCCAAGAAGUACCCUUUACUGAUAGACGUUUACGCAGGUCCCUGCAGCCAGAAAGUCGACUUCGUCUACAGGGUGAGCUGGUCCACGUUCCUGGCCAGCACAGAGAAAAUCAUUGUGGCCAGCUUCGACGGAAGAGGAAGUGGUUACCAGGGCGACAAGCUAAUGCAUGAAAUCUACAAACGUCUGGGAACCUAUGAGGUGGAAGAUCAGAUAACGGCAGCCAAGGAAUUCAUCAAAAUGGGCUUCAUUGACAAAGACAGAGUUGCUAUUUGGGGCUGGUCCUACGGUGGAUAUGUCACAUCCAUGGUUCUGGGCUCUGGCAGUGGAGUCUUUAAAUGUGGGAUGGCAGUGGCCCCCGUCUCCAAAUGGGCGUAUUACGAUUCCAUCUACACAGAGCGGUACAUGAGGGAACCCUCGGAUAACCUCCACUUCUACGCUAACUCAACGGUAACUGAGAGGGCCAAGAACUUCCAUUCAGUCCAGUACCUUCUGGUUCAUGGCACAGCUGACGACAACGUUCACUUCCAGCAGGCGGCUGAGAUAUCAGAGGCUCUGGUGGACGAGCAGGUGGACUUUGAGGCAAUGUGGUACACGGACAAGGAUCACGGACUGUCCGGAUCAGCCAACAAACACGUCUACACUCACAUGACUCACUUUCUACAGAAGUGCUUCGCCUGACGUCCACAGCAUCACCGACACGUUUUCCUGUCACAUGUGAAUUAAAACAUGAUUUGGAUUGUACCCGCACGUUUGAAUUAGAAGGUCCCAAAUUUCAUCAAAUUUUGAAAAAUGUUUUUUUGCUUAUAAUGUAAUGAAAACAAAAAUUCUGACAUUUAAUUUUUAUACUUUGUGCAUUUAACCUUAAAACAGUCAGUACUUGACUUGUGGAACAACAUAGUCUUUUUACAGUAUUGUAUUAAAUGAUGUAAACUCUUUGCAUUUUUUAUUGAUUUUUGACUUUACUACAGGUAUGAAUGUGUUGACUGUUUGAUGUACUCUCGUGUUUUUUUACAUAAUAAACAUUUAAAUAAUUCUAA